AUGGACAAGAAAGCUGCUGAUCUUAAAGGUUGGUGCCUUAAGUGUCGACUGCUGAACGAUCGCAGUAGAACCAUGAUGGUCCAAGCACUUCUGUGCGGCUUCCUUGUUUUUUCUGUGGCUCUCGCUUCUAACCUUGAAGAACACGAAACGAAGGUCUUCAAUCUAACGACUGCAUUGGAAAAGUUCGUCGUUCUUUUUGAAAAACAGUACAAAACCAAAGUGGAUUGGACUGAUAUUCAGUCAGAGAGCCAAAAAAUGAAAGACCUGUUCCAGACUAGAAAAUUUUAUAUACAAGUCGAAGGGGGCACGGUAAAAAUGAGUGAUCCAAAAAUAGCUCCCGGUAACCGCAGCCUUCUGUACGCUAACCUCUACGACAACGAAUCGAAUGCAACCCAAGCAUACACCGUCACGCAUACUACCAUUCGCAAAGAAAAAUCAUCUUUAAAAGUAAGCAAUGGAUUCACCCUGGGCAUUGAAACUUCAGGAGGUGUGUCAUUAAAAAAAGUGUUUGGAUUGAGUGGCACCUUCGGAACUAAAUACAACUCUGAGACCACGACAACCGACAGUCAGACGACACUCAAGACGUUUGCGGUGUCCACAGGAGUCAACGUUCCUCCCGGAAGGACUGUUCAAGUGGAGUGGUACGCCACCACCGCUCAAAGCAAUAUCUACUGGACCUGCGAUAUGACCAUCAGUGGAUACUUUGCUUUGGGGCUCAAGAAACCGUUUCAAGACACCUCCGUGCUCAUCAUGCCAGCGUAUUACCUCGCCCUUGCCAACAAGGAACUGGAAAUAGUCGGCCCCAGGCACGCGCGCUUCGUGGCUUCUGGUGUGUUCACAAAAGUCUCCGUGCCGGAAUCUGACAUCUACACGAAUGACGUCACUGACACGCUGAAGAAAAAAACAGUGAUUGUUUCUGGAAGGUCACGGAUCGCUGGUGAAUUUUAAGGAAGAGUCUGGCGAUAACGAUCGCCCGCCUUAGACGCAAUAAACGGGUACUGAAACAAAA